AUGCAGCGAAAUGAAAGCCUUGACAAAGCCCUGGGACCUCUGCCCUGGGACCUCUGCCCUGUCCUUCUGCCCUGGGACCUCUGCCCUGGGACCUCUGCCCUGGGACCUCUGCCUUCUCCUUCUGCCCUUCUGCCCUGGGACCUCUGCCCUGGGACCUUUGCCCUGGGACGUCUGCCCUGGGACCUCUGCCCUGGGACCUCUGCCUUCUCCUUCUGCCCUGGGACCUCUGCCCUGGGACCUCUGCCCUGGGACCUUUGCCCUGGGACCUCUGCCCUGUCCUUCUGCCCUGGGACCUCUGCCCUGUCCUUCUGCCCUGGGGACCUUUGCGCUGGGACCUCUGCCCUGUCCUUCUGCCUUGGGACCUUUGCCCUGUCCUUCUGCCCUGGGACCUUUGCCCUGGGACCUCUGCCCUGUCCUUCUGCCUUGGGACCUUUGCCCUGUCCUUCUGCCCUGGGACCUUUGCCCUGGGACCUUUGCCCUGUCCUUCUGCCCUGGGACCUUUGCCCUGGGACCUCUGCCCUGUCCUUCUGCCCUGGGACCUUUGCCCUGGGACCUCUGCCCUGUCCUUCUGCCCUGUCCUUCUGCCCUGGGACCUUUGCCCUGGGACCUCUGCCCUGUCCUUCUGCCUUGGGACCUCUGCCCUGUCCUUCUGCCUUGGGACCUCUGACCUGGGACCUCUGCCCUGGGACCUCUGACCUGGGACCUCUGCCCAGUGUCUAA